ACACACUUGACAAUCAUGAAAUUGCAAGCAAUUUUGGUGGUGAUACUUUGCUGUUUUUUCAUGGCCUGUGACCCUCAUCCACUCAGUCGUCCCAGUAAUGGACUUGGUGAGUGCCGAAAAAGUUCAGCUAUACCGGCACUGGAGGUUCUUCCAGGCGGUGGAUGGGAUAACCUGCGCAACAUAGACAUGGGACGUGUGAUGAACCUGAGCUAUUCUCAGUGCCAGACCACAGAAGAUGGUGUUUAUCUCAUUCCAGAUGAAGUCUUUGUCAUUCCACAGAAAGAGAGUGGAGUCGAAACAAACUCUGAGAUGAUCAUGUCAUGGCUGGAGGAGAAAAGUUCCACCUCAAGCUCUAUAAAUGCGGACGUUUCUUUCUUCUCGGUGGUUAAUGGAAAAUUCUCAUCAGAAAACCAACGUAUGAAGACCCACCAAGUCAAAGAGAAUUCUGUAACAUCCCGGGUUCAAGUGCGUAAUCAUCUGUACACAGUAAAGGCAUAUCCUGAUUUUGCCCUGGAUUCUCACUUCGUUCAGCAGGCGGAGGAAAUCGCAGAUGCUAUCAAGAACAAUCAAACCCGUCAUGCAACUUAUCUGUCAGAGAAACUUAUUUUUGAUUAUGGUACUCAUGUUAUCACAAGUGUUGAUGCCGGUGCCACUUUAGUGCAGGAGGACUAUUUAAAAAGGUCUUUUAUAUCUAAUAGUCAAUCAGACAUGACUUCCGUCUCUGCAUCAGCAGGCUUAAGCUUUUUUGCCAAAGUAAAUUUUGAUCUGGAAAAGGAAUCUAAGAACACUUCUAAAAUCAGUGGUUAUCAGGGUAACAUCACAUAUUCUAUAGUUCAGAGUCAUGGAGGGGGUUUAUUUUAUCAUGGCAUCACUCUACAGAAGUGGCAGGAGAGCACGCUCAAUAAUCUGGUGGCUAUUGACCGAUCUGGUUUGCCCCUGCACUAUUUUCUCAACCCAAUGACAUUUUCAGAGCUUCCAGAGUCAACUAUUUCUGAUCUAGCUUCUUACGUGCAAAAGGCUGCAGAGACUUACUAUGAAGUCAAUACAAUUCCUGGGUGUAUAAAUCCAGACUCUAAAAAUUUCAACCUAGAGGCAAAUGUGGAUGAUGGAUCUUGUGAGGGGCCAGCCACUAACCUUAGCUUCGGUGGCAUUUACCAAACAUGUAAACCUUUGACAGUAAAUGGAAGUCUCAUCUGUAAUAAUAAGGCUGUGAAGAAUCCAGCCACAGGCGAUUUUUCAUGCCCUCAGCUGUACACUGCCACCUUAUUACGCUCAGAGACUCAAGAAAGUAGGUACUUUCGUAAUGAGUGCAGCAAGAAAUGUCAUUCAUGUGGUUUCUUAUGGCUGUCAACUUGUUGUGAACAGAUGUGUGGCGAUGCUUACUAUGUUCAUCGUGCAAACAUUCAAACCUACUGGUGUUCCACAACUCAGAAAACUCCUAACUACUCAGGGUAUCUUUUUGGAGGAUUUUAUGGACCAUCUUUACAAAACCCAUUUACGAAAUCUAAAACCUGUCCUGCUAAUUUCUUCACGCAGACAUUUUUGUCUAAUGGCAUGAUGAUGUGUCUGAGCAAUGAUUAUGGGACAGGAACUAGAUUCUCUGUUCCGUUCGGUGGUUUCUUUAGCUGUCAGUCCAGCAACCCUCUUGCAGAGGGUCAAUCUCGCUGUCCUCCUCAGUUCAGUCAACAUUUAGCUGCUGUUAGUGAUGGCUGUCAGAUAUUAUAUUGCGUCCAAUCAGCUGUUUUCAAUAGCGGUCAGUUGAAACCUGUUCGCCUCCCCCCUUUUACCAAUCCACCAUUGAUCAGUAAGCUUGCAUCAAACAACGUGUCAGUAUUGACAGAAGGAGAUCGGUCCUGGGUGAGAGUUGGAGGAACUAAGACAUGGCAACUGGCAAAGCCCGGUGAAAUAAAUCAAAUGGCAUUCAUGUUUGACAGAUCUCCUCAGAUGUCUGGAGGAGAGAAGGCAGGUGUGGCUAAUGGUAUACUUACUUUAAUUGCUUUUGUAGUGGCAGGAUUUUUUAUUGGUGAAAAAUUCUGA